CAACAUUGAUAUUUUGCGCUGCGGCCUGUCUGGGUUGAACUUUGAAGAAAAUACUUUUAAUUUUUCAAAUCAGUUUAUCGCGCGUAAUGAUAUCGACUUUAAUUUUUAUUUAAUAGUUUCUCUAUAUUGUCAUAUAUUAAAGUUUAUUGAUUAAAAUUAAAAGAACAAUGUGUUAUACCGGACCAUGACAGAAGUGACGAAAAUUUCUGUUGUAAAUAAGAAAUCUUAGUUCACCAUGGUGUUCGAAUCGAUUGUGGUGGACGUGCUGAACAGGUUCCUGGGAAGCUAUGUAGAGAACCUGAAUAGGUCUCAGCUGAAGCUAGGAAUUUGGGGCGGAGACGUCGUACUUGAAAAUCUUAUACUUAAACAGAAUGCCUUGGAAGAACUCAAUAUUCCUGUGCAGACAGUUUAUGGACACUUGGGAAAGUUAGUACUUAAAAUACCCUGGAAAAAUCUCUAUGGCGCAUCAGUAGAAGCAACAAUUGAACGUCUGUUUUUGAUUGUCAACCCUACUGCUGAAGUUAAGUAUGACCCUCAGAAGGAAGAGAAGCUCGAGUUGGCUGCCAAGCAGGCUGAACUGGCAAGAGUGGAAGAAGCCAAAAAGAGGGAGGCACAAAAAGAUCAAAUUAAACUCGACGAGACGUUUGUCGAGAAGUUGGUGACGCAAAUAAUAAAGAAUGUUCAACUGAAAAUUAAAGACAUUCAUAUACGAUAUGAGGACAGCAUCACGAAUCCUAAAGCGCCUUUCUCCUUCGGUAUCACCCUACACAACUUGUCCGUCCAAACCACUGACGAAAACUGGCAGAAAGCAGUCAUUACCGAUGCCGUUACCAAAAUUUUCAAGAUUCUAGACUUAGAAGGGUUAGCAAUUUAUUGGAACCCUGCCACUGAAGUAUAUUCCCGCUCGGAAGCUCUGCAGAUAAAGGAUAGACUAUUAAAUGAGAUUGCGACAAAAUCGUCCAAGCCAGAGUUUUAUCACUAUGCUUUGGGCCCAAUAAACGCAACAGCAAAACUAAAACUAAAUCCAAAACCGGAGGGUGACACACCCAAAUUUAGUUCGCCUAAAGUUAUACUAAGUCUACACAUGGAGCAGCUCUCAGUCAACCUAACGAAGGCCCAGUACCAAGAUAUGAUGUUACUGGCAGAUUCUAUGGACAGAAUGAACAAACAGGCCCCUUACAGAAAGUACCGUCCAGACCUUAAAAGUUAUAAACGACACUACAAAGAAUGGUGGAAGUUUGCGUACACUUGCAUACUCGAAGAAGAAGUACGCAGACGGCGCAGAAAUUGGGAUUGGACGCAUAUGUUGGAACACAGGCAACUGUGCAAGGACUACGCGACGGUCUAUCAGUGUAAACUGAGUAAUAAGGGCAAAGUCUCCUCGGAACAGCUAUGCGUGCUGGACAAGGCUGAGAAGCAACUUGACCUUCUUAACCUUGUGGUGAUCAGACAGAAGAUUGAAAUGGAGGUCGAACGAUUGGGUAAACUCGAAGAGGAAGCAAAGAAGAACAAAGGUUGGUUCAGUGGCUGGUGGUAUGGCAGCAGCUCCAAAGAGGACGAGAUGGGCGAAGGAACAGCUAUCAUGAAACAAUUCGAAAAGGCAAUGACGCCGGAAGAGAAAGAGAAGUUAUUCCGUGCGAUAGACUAUCAAGAGAACUCGGCACCGCUGCAUUUGCCCGUGGAGUACGUAGCUGUAGAGAGCUACUUCCAACUGGAUCGGUUGCAGCUUAGAGUUACUGAUGAGGUGGAAGUGCUGAAAGCCUGUGUGGAAUAUGUCGAGGUUGAUAUGAAACAGCGGCCCAGUGCUAAUGCGUUGAGAGUGGAUGUCCAGAUGAAGUCUUUUAGUGUGACUGGCGUACAGCAAGGCUCGUUUGAACCACAACUAGUCACUUCAAAGGAGGUCUCUAACAAUGUCAAUUUAUUAAAUGUUGUCUUCGAAACAAAUCCUCUAGAUGGCCUAUGUAACCAAAGAGUGAAAGUCUCCGCACGACCUUUACAAAUCAUAUACGAUGCACAAACUGUCAUAGAAAUUGUAAAUGUGUUCAAACCAGAAACCGAAUCUACUGCGUUGUCAACUUUACAAGCUGUGGCAGAAAACAAACUGUCGGAUCUCAAAGAGAAGUCUGCGUUAGGUAUGCAGUACGCUGUCCACCACCACACAUUCAUAGACCUCGAUAUUGAUAUCGCCGCUUCAUACAUUAUAGUACCGAAAACUGGUAUCUACAAUGAGGGUGGAGCUUGCGUCGUAGUCAAACUCGGUGCCAUAAAAGUGAAAUCAGAGCCUCGUUCCCAGGCGUUAGAUGUUCACAAAUUGUAUAAAGAGGGGUUGGCCGAUGAAGAUAUACUAAGAGAAAUAACGCGUCACAGCUAUGAUAAAAUGGCUCUUGAACUUACUGAGAUGCAGAUAGUCAUUGCACAUCCUAAAGAGGACUGGCAGUCGGCGAUAUCAUCAACAAAUGAUGAAGGCACGCCCCUACAUUUACUUCAGCCCACCAAUUUAGUUAUACAGAUACAUAAGUGUUUGAUCACUGACGACCCAAGGAUGCCCAAGGUCAGGGUCAUGGGAGAAUUACAAAAGAUUGCCAUCAGUGCUUCCGAAGAUAGAUUAUUAACGCUUUGCGAAAUUUUAGUAAGCAUGCCUCUACCUAAAUCGGAUGAAGUUACCCAAUUGAAGCAAAGUGAAUCGAAAGGAUCAAGUUUGUCGUUACUGAAAUAUUUAGAUCCUAUGGAGAAACAGAAGCGUGAGGCGGCUCGCUCUAAAGAGAAGAAAAAAGACGAGCAAACUGUGCAAAUGACUGAGCUUGAAGCUUUCUUUAUUAUGAAAGAACUAAUCCUCAGUAUUAACAGAAAGACAAUAGAUGCGUCGAAAGGCUACGAUAGAUUCUUAGUCUUUUCGCUAGCGCUAUUAGAAAUAACUGCUGUACAGAAGACUUUUACUCUAGAAACGACUAUUCGUUUGGGAUCUGUGAAGUUACAGCACCAUAGAGUUGGCUAUGGGCUUUCGGUCUUGGAUAUUAUUGAGACACCUGAAGUCGUAAUAGAAGAUCAAUCUAUUGAAAAAGUUGCACUCAGUAGUGUACACUUACAGAAUCAGAAUCAGUACCUAUUUACUGUUACGUACAGAAAUGUUGACAAAAAGUGCCCAGAUUUUAGAGGCAUUUAUGGCUCAGUUGAACAAAUGAUUGAGUUGGAUUUCACUAAUUUAAGAGUUCUGCUACAUCUUGAAGGCUUGCGCGAGAUACUUUUCAUCGUUAACGAAUAUCAGACUCGAAUGCAAGCUAUCCAAAGUACAGUCGAUAGAACAGCCAAUGCUGGACCACUAGAAACAAUUAUGGAGGAUGAAGAAUUUGUUACAGCCAAAUCUAAAGUGAGUGUAUCGAAGCCAUCUCGUCAUAAGCAAGUGGAGAGCAUACAGAUGAAAGUCAACUGUAAGAUUGGGGCAAUAGAGAUCGUUUUUGCGACGGAAAAACGUCCUUUGUCCGUGGUACAAUUGCAAGGUGCUGCAGCUGGCCUAGUACUGAAGGCGUCUUACACACAAGUUGACUGUACUAUUGCGUCUAUAAAAGUAGAAGAUCUCAAUCCUGAAACUGUACAUAAAGAGAUACUCAAAGUACUCGGCGGAGACGUGAUGAAUGUACAAAUAGUGAUGUACAACUUAGAUCAGUUUCCUACUGUCAGCGAUAUCGAUAUGUCAAUAAAUUGCCAGGUCAGCUGUCUGCGCAUAAUAUUCCUCAACUGGUUCGUCACAUCUAUGUUGGAAUUCCUGAACAAUUUCCAAACAGCUCAACAAGCGAUCAUUGAGGCGUCCUCGCAAGCCGCAGAUGCAGCGAGAGCUAACGUACAGAACGCGUACACAAAUUCAACGAAAUUAUCCCUUACAGUGCGAUUGGAUGCUCCCAUCAUUAUUGUUCCAGAAAAUUCAAAGAGUAAUAACGCUAUGCUCAUAGAUUUGGGUGUGAUGACUUUGAAUAACAAGUUUGUGGAUCUGAAUGUCGUUGAUAUCAGCAACAAAGUAACAGUGGACGAGUUAAUUCUCGAACUAGAAGAUAUGAAAGUGUCAUGUGUGAAGCUCGAAGACGAUUACAAAGAUGCUAUUUAUGAGAGGAAGUUGCUGCGGCCCACCAGUUUCAAACUGUUUGUCAAACGUAGUCUCUCGCUUUGGUACGAACAACUACCAGACUUGGAUAUAUCAGGGAGAAUGAAAACCAUUGCCAUCACAAUAGGUCAUAGCGAUUACAAGAGUAUUAUGAAAAUACUUAACCAGAAUCUGCAAGAAGGUGCAAUGGCUGAAGAUAAAGCUGCAGCAGGGCUAGCUAAAACCGCAUCAAAGGCCGCUGUGAGACCAAGUAAAACACAGUCCAAGUCUGUAGCUGCCGUCAUAUCGUCUAAAGAAGCUGAAGUGAAGAAACCUAGAACUACUAUAAAGUUCUCUUUCACUAUGGACAGCUUUGUUAUAGAUCUACUGAACACUGUCUCCACUUCACAAUCCGGAGAAUACUCAAUGUUCGCUCAAGAUGUGGAGCUGGCGCGUUUCUGUAUGGCACUGCUGUCAGUGAAAGGAAGAAUGCUAUCUGAUGGUUCUAUGCAAACCUCUGUGUUACUCGUAGAUUGUACGCUCGAUGAUACCCGACCAGGCAGGGAGACCAAGAUGACUAGGUACCUAGAAAGACGUCGCUCCCACAAAGCCGACUCUACUGGCAAUGACAGUGCGAUGGAGUCGCCUGAUAAGAUACGCAGCAUGAUUGACGUCACCUACACUAUGAAGAAUAAUGAUACAUUCAUUGACAUGAGAAUCUUCAGUUUCGACCUCAUAUUGGCGAUGGAUUUCUUAAACAAGAUCGCGGAGUUUAUGACAACAGGAAUCGCCGACGAUGGACAGAAAUUGAAGGAAGACGUAGUACCGAUCCGAAACAUGCAAGAAAAAUCUACUGAUGCUAUAUCGAAGAGAAGAUCUACUGCGGCAUCGACUCCUACAGCAGAACCACAGAAGCUGUCAAUGAUGACAGUCAAUAUAAAGAUUGAGCAGCCAGAUAUUAUCCUCGUGGAAUCACUGGAAAUGAAGAAUUGUGAAGCUUUGGUGUUAAACAUGGAGGCGCGCUUCAAGUUGCGUCGCAGCGCGGAGCGCAUGGUGGCGGACGGCGGCAUCUCGGGGCUGCAGAUGGUGGUGCGCGCGCUGGGCGCCGACGGCGAGCUGGCGGGCGCCGCGCCGCGCUACCUGCUCGCGCCCACGCAUCUGUCGCUGGCGCUGUCGCAGCCCCCCGCCAGCGGGAUGCACAUCGACAUCGCCAUCACAGACAUCAAGGUCACUGUGUCUCCCGAUAUCAUAGCUCUGCUGAAUCGCGUGUUGGCAACGAUGACGAGUAGUGAUGAAGACAACCAAGUAGAAGAAAACAAGGCGAUAAUCUACGAUCAGCUGUGGGCCAUACAACCAUUCAAUCCUAACUCUUAUUGGUUCUUAAAAACAGAACAAGCAGUCGAGGCGAUCGACGCCGAGGAGACAUAUGUAGAGAUGACUGCGAACCCUCCAGUUGGAGAGAUUUGUUUGUUAUCCUGUCCAUCAAUCAUCACAUCGUUUGAAAUGGAUAUCGGUAACGAGACCAUACCCGUGUUGGUCAUGCAAGCUUCUCUUACUGGACAAGUCAAAGAUUGGAGCUCAGAUCUCUACGCCGAAUCGACGUGGGCAAUGCAAGUAUCGUACUAUAACAUUGAACGCGCAGUGUGGGAACCGCUUAUAGAACCUGUGGAAGUACUCAAGGAUUACCAAUACAAACACGUACCUUGGGAACUUAAGAUGGAGGUAGUGAUGCAUGCGCAAGAGGCGCAAACAAUAAUUGAUACGACAGAUGAAGCUGCUAAUUUGCAAGCGGUGGCGCAGAGACAAGCUCGCAAGACCAUCACCUUGUCGAGUAGUGAACCACUCGAGAUCACCAUCACUAGAACUGGCAUGGAGGUGUUGACUCUACUAGGAAACUCGUUUUCUGCUGCUGGGGAAACGACUGCCGAAGGGGCAAGCACAUCAAAGUCCAAAGUUGAUCCAUUUACAAAGACCUUCCUCGGAGCUCCCUACGUUCUUCACAACUGCACCGGUCUUACGGCUAAGUUGAUAUUGAAAGAAAACCACGACUUCACUGUUUGUCUUACUCAAGAAUAUGUUUCGUCUGACUACAGGGAAGUGGUUUUGGAACCGGGUGCUUGUGUACCUUUACAGCUUAAACAUGGUGGACUCAAUUUAAUGAAGCUGAACGAACCACCGCCACCACUUAAAUUAAGUGUUAAGAUUGUGGAAAUUGAAGACGAGGUCCAGAUUCCAGUGGACCGUGCAGACAAGCGGUACUUCCCAUUAGGUCGCAAGUUGUCAGGCAAUCCGUGCGACAAGAAUGUCCCUCACGUGGCCGCCAUAGAGCCGCGCGGUCUCAUCUCUGAUGUCGUCAUGCAGGAUGCCGCGUUGCAUAUCUAUCUUAGGAGUGUUGUACAGGUAACGAACACACUGUCAGUGAACGUGUCGGUAUACUACAUGACGCUGAGCGGGAACGAGGUGCGACUACUGGGGGAGGUGAAGCCGGGAGACGUACUGCGACUACCACUGCAGGCAGUACAUACUCCCACCGCCGAGUUGUUCUUCUCCGUUGAAGGUUUCACAGUAUCUGUAUCGCCGUUCAUCUGGCGGGAACUACAACAAGAAGUUAAGAUACACAAACUACUGCAGUGUGACUCUAAAGAUAAGAACAGUGGAGAGAAGUUCUACCUAAAGGCGGUCGGCAAAAUGGAACAAGUAUUCUACGAGCACACAACCCGACAUACAUUCGCGUCCUCCUGCUACGACAUUAUACUUAAGCCUGCCGUCAAGCUGCAGAACUGUCUGCCCGUUGAGAUCGUGGUCUCCCAACUUGGCUUGAAGAGAACUCAAGUGUUCCGUCCUGGAGAGAUGUUCCAUUUGUCUCAUUUGUCGCCGAAUAGAGCGUCUAUUGUUAUUAUGAUCCAAAACUAUCUCGACAAAUGUUGGGUAUGUACAAAGAAUCUUCCAGAUAGCGAUACAGAGCUGUCAGUAUGGUCGUUCGAAUCUCACGACAGUCCGUCAGUAAUGACAUUAGAUUUGGGUAUGCACAGCGUGGAUUUGGAGGGCACGCAAGUCUUGUCACUGUAUUGCCCCUUCUGGAUGCUCAACAAAACAGGCUUCACUUUAUGUUAUAGGAAAUCAAAGAAACCAGAAAAAGACUCCAGCACUCCCAACAAGAAUGUGGAUGAAACUGGUAACGUGAUAUUCCAUCCUAAAGAAUAUAAGGAGCCGAUACUGUUCUCGUUCCGUGCGAAGAAUUUCUUCGGCAAGAAGAAGGCUGCUAUUCGCGUUGAGUUUGGUGAAUGGUCCGAUAAGUUCUCGCUUGAUGUUCCUGGAAGUUCCGGGGUUGUAUUGUGCAAACACGAGGGUAGGACGUAUCAGGUGGCAGUUACGAAUCAACUUACAUUCAACAGUUUAACUAAAAUGGUGAUAUUCACGCCAUAUUUCUUGAUCAUCAAUGAAGCGCCUUUUGACAUUCAAUAUCAGGAGCUACAUAGAUCUGGUGACCCUUGGAUAACGGUGGCACAAAAUUCAAGCGCCCCAUUGUGGCCGGUUAUUGAAAAAGAAGAUAAGUUAUUAUUAUUGCGCGUCGCUUCUUCCCCAGUUUACGCUGCACCAUUCUUAUACACCGAACAACAUUCAGUCUGCUUGAAGCUGGACAAUGAGUUUGGCGGUCUACACGUGGAAGUACAACUAAGUGAAGGUGGUACUUACAUCACAGUGCGACAAUACCGCGACGGCCACGCGCCUGCAUUACUCGUCAACUACACACCACAUAAUAUCACAGUAUAUGAAAAGGAGAACGUUAAUGUUAAGGAACUAAAAUCAAUGCAUAAAAUGUUGUAUACAUGGGAUAACCCAGCAGGACCGCGCGUCCUAAUAUUCGAAAGUCACAAGAAGAGAGAGAUCGAAAACGACUUGAGGAAAGAUGGUAUUGGAGAAUUCAUGAUCGACGAGCACACGAAGGUACAUUGGGUAUCGUUCCUGGACGGAUUGCAGCGAGUGAUACUAUUCACAGACGACCCGAUGCUAGCGAGCGGUGCAUAUACUGUUGGGGAAGCAGAAACAGUGGACACUGAACUAGUGUUGUCGAUGCAAGGCAUUGGACUGUCGCUGGUCAACGACCCAGAGCAACUCGAAAUUGUUUACAUCAGUAUAUCCAACUCUGGUAUAAUAUGGGAACAGUGCAAAUUAGGUGCACGCCGCUACAAAAAGAUUGAAGGAACAAAAGUAUUACAACUGGAAGAAUGCUAUCAGAGAUAUUUAUCUGAAAAGAUAGUCAGUGAUGAGCCGAUCCCUCCUCGAGUCUUUAUAGAUGAGAAAAUUGAGGUGGACUUUGAAGAGAUGCGGCAGUUGAAGCCGUCAGUUCGCAUACUGCGACGUACGCUGCAGCCGGGCCUGUGGGCCUCGUACGGCCUCACGGCGCACUCGCGGCGCUUGCACGCGCGACUGCAUCGACUUCAAAUCGACCAACAGCUCCCCCUACCGACAUUCCCCGUCGUACUCGCACCCGUACCACCGCCCCGAUCUAUCACCAACGAGGAUCCUAGUGGUCAAGGUAUGAAGCCGUUCAUUGAAGUGUCGAUAGUGGAACGAUUGAUGGAACAUAGCAAAGUUCGGCAAUACAAGUACUAUAAGGUGUUGAUACAAGAGUUCCAUGUUAAAGUUGACAUGGGGCUCAUCAAUGCUCUCAUGGGCAUGUUCCCGCAACGAUUGCUGAAUGAACAGGAAGCGCUGGACGCAUUCCUACUCGACUUGGAGAAGGCAGGACAACCGUUGGAAGCGUUAGCAGCAAUAGGUGUAGCAUCAGAUCUCAAGAAUUUCUACGACAAUUUACAUUUGUCACCGCUCAAGGUUCAUGUUUCGUUCUCUCUCGGUGGAGCUACUCAACUGCCAUCGUUCGUUGGCACAGUUCUCCAGAGUAUUGGCGUUACGUUGACAGAUAUGAAUGAUGUAGUUUUCAAACUGUCUUACUACGAAAGGAACUAUGAGUUCUUAUCUCAGAAAGAAAUGAUUAGUCAAGUCCAAAGCCAUUACACAGGGCAGGCACUAAAGCAACUGUAUGUACUUGUACUUGGGCUCGAUGUAAUAGGCAACCCGUACGGACUCGUCGUCGGCUUGAAGAAGGGUGUCGAAGAUCUGUUCUAUGAGCCAUUCCAGGGUGCUAUCCAAGGUCCAGGAGAGUUUGCGGAAGGUUUGUUCCUCGGCGUGAGGUCACUUGUGGGUCACACGGUGGGCGGCGCGGCCGGUGCCGUGUCCAGGAUCACGGGCGCUAUGGGCCAUGGACUUGCUGCCUUGUCUCUCGAUAAGGACUACCAGCGCCGUCGUCGUGACAAUAUCAAUAAGCCACCUGCGAAUCUUCAAGAAGGUCUUGCAAGGAGUGGUAAAGGUCUCGUAAUGGGCGUGGUAGACGGCGUGACAGGGGUGUUCACGAAGCCCAUAGAGGGCGCUCGUGAGCAGGGAGUGGAAGGGUUCUUCCGGGGGCUCGGCCGGGGCGCCGUGGGGCUCGUGGCGCGCCCCACUGCUGGCGUCGUGGACUUCGCGUCCGGCUCACUUGAUGCCGUUAAGAGAGCGGCGGAUUUGUCUGAAGAGGUAACGAAACGACGCCCCGCGCGAUACAUGGCACCUGACUCAGGUGUCAGGCCGUACUCCAGGUUGCACGCAGAAGGAUACAAGAUGCUUUUUGAAUUGGAAAAGGGCAAAUACGUCAGCACUGAUAGAUACGAAGCUCACGUGUGGGUGAUCCCCGGCAAGGAAGUUGUCAUGUGCACCGACAAACGAAUGCUAUACAUCGAAAAGAAUAAUGUGUUUGGAGGGUGGCAGAUUGUGUGGUCGUACCUGUGGACGGAGCUCCCCGAAGUGCCAACAGCCGUGAACAAGGGCGUGUACAUCCCGACGGCGAAGAAGAAGGUGCUCGGAAUGUUCCCGACGUCGGGCUCCGGCAAGGUGAUAUUCCUCUACGACGACCAACAGAAGAAGUACUUGCUCGCGCAGUGCCAGCGUCUCAUGCAAUCACGUUGACAUGAGGCCGUAGAAAGAAUCUCGCCUACCGAGUGGUUGGCACAGUUCUUUCUACUUAUAUUUGAUUCUCGCACCGCAUUGCUUACUUUCGCCUAUCACUUUAACAUGCACCACCUCGGCCCGAAAGGCUUCCGCUAAACUCUUCCUCUCCCCAGCGAGCAGUGCUUCAUAUGGACUAUGUAUUAUGUUUAGUGUAUCGAUGUUUUGAGAACCGUGUGCUUGCUAUAUUUUUAUAAUACCUUUUACGUGUUGAUGUCAAUGCAAUUGAGUAUGUUGAGUACAAUUGUGGAAUUCAAUAUCAUGGUAAUGACAUUUUUGUAUGUAGUUAGUUUUGAUUGUUUUUUUACAUAUUUUUACCAGUUAGAUGUACUACAAUGUGUAAUAUGAGAGAGACAUUGUAAUUACUUUGGAAUAUCGUUGAACAGAAAUGUUUAUAAACUUUGUGACAACAAAAACCCAGAUAUUGGUGAUUAUGUGCCUACUUAGAGAACUGCCUUUUUGUACAAAUCAUUUGUACGAGUUUCAAUACGAGCUGCAUUGCAUUAAAAUAACCUUUUCCCUUUUUUUGUCUUUAAAUAUUUUUAACUAUUUUCAAUUGUAUUUAAAUAUAUUACUAUGCAUUUACCUAUUUAAGAUUAAAUAUUCUGUAAGUUGUUACAAGAUUUCAGUCUUCCCUCAUGUACCUAAUUAUUUAGAUUUGUAUUGUUGAGUUUAUUAUGCCGUUGAUAUAACAAUAUUUAAAGUUUAUGUAGAAAAUUAACAUGUAAUAAAAAACUCGAAUCAUUAACAUCUUUUUGAAAUACUCAGUGCGUUAACAUUUCGAUCAUAGACUUGAAAUGUUGAGGUUCAAUUGGUUACGUUAUUGAUAUACUUUUAUAGACUAUGUUAUGUUAUUUGCAAUAUGUUGUUAUUGUAAGUUUAAUAUUACGGAAGCAAAAUCAGUGAAGUAAGUGUAUUUAUUCUGUAUAUGUUUUUUUAAUCGAAGCCUGAUAGUACAAACAUUCGGAGAGUUUUUAUACAUUGCAAUGUUUGUGAAAUAAUGGCAGAGCUGAGAGCCAGAUUGGCUUCAACUGCUGAGGCUUUCCAUACCAGUGCCUUAAGAUCGAUGUUUAGAAAGCUGAUAAGUUUUCUGCUCUACAACUCUUUAUUGGUUGCUUUAAGUUUUUAGUUACACUGGAAAUAGUGUUUAUUUCAAAACUAAGUUAUGUUAGGUUGAGUGCACAAUUUAUAUUUGCUUCGCCAUUGUGCGUUAGCCUCAUGGAUGGCUUCGAGAUGUAAAAUUUUCUUAAUUUUUUUUAUUGUUUUUUUUUGUUGGAGCGUUUAUGCGUAAUAGGUACGUUUAAUUAGAUCUAAAGCCAACUUUUUAUUAUUGCCUGUUGCACAAUUUACUUAUUUCGAUUUCGUUUUGUCUUGUUCAAGCUUGUGUAAGAACAUUUUCAAUAUAAAUAAUAUACAAUAA